AGUAGAGUAGAGGUGCUUGAACCUUCAAAGCAUGCCAUUGCUCCGCGAUCACCCAGAAUUCAGCAAUACAUACAAACCUCUGUGAGUAUAUACAAAGAGACAAAGACAGAGGGUGGAGAGUUGAUGCUAGAAUUGAAUCCUUCAGAUUCUAUGGAUCUUGAAAUUCGUGGCAGUGUCAGCUUCCACUAUAACUCUUGUGUUUGCAUUUGCUGCUCAACAUCAGCAACAUUGUCCGCGUCUGCUCAAAUGGCGUCCUCUAAUCCCUCAAUUAAUCAUCCUUUGAGUUAUUUAAUCCCCGAAGUUUUUGUUUCUUCACGCGAUCACGAUGAUGAGAUUGCUUGAUUGUUAAAUUCCCUGGAUUGCCCUAGUUUUUGUUGGUUUUCUCGAUUAUUUCGCUUAAGACCCUUCUUUUUUUUUUUUUUUUGGGUGCUGAUUUCGGGAGAAAUUGAUUGAUGUUCGUUGUCGCGUAUUGACACAAUUUCAGCAACCGUUUUGUUGUUUUCUGAAAAAGCUGGGAGCAUUUACUCACUUUCAACAGACAGUGUGCGAUUGCGGCGAGGAGCUCUAUUUCUUCAUCUUUUGAGAGAAAUGAGUUGUGUCUUGUUGCCUGGUUUAGGUAAUCAGCAGACGGCGAUGAGGAUGGUGAGUGCUGCAGGAAGCGGUGCAUCUACCUUAGCCAUCAACUCUCUCGGGAGUAGCUUAAGGUAUGAUUUAGAUGGUCGUGGUGGAUUUAGGAGUGGUUAUGGACAAGUAAAGUUGAAUUGUAUGAUCGGUGCAACAAUUAGAAAUUCUGCAGCAAAGAGGAUGAGCUUUGGGGUUUCCCCUAUGGCUUCUGGUGUGACCAAGUCCCCCAGUGUUGCUAAAGCUGAGAUUUAUAAGAAGGUGCUCGAGGAUGCUAGAGAUAAAUUUACCCAGGAGAUUUCUUUCCAGUCUAAGGAUAAAGAUAUAUCUCUCGCAAAGGCUUUGCUUUAUGUUGCUGCUGAAGACGAGGCAUUUUUGGCAUACAAUCGAGAGGUAGACGCACAUUCAAUGCAUAUCGAGAGGGAGAAUGCGUUACCACUGUCUGACUUCCAAGAGUGGCAGGGUGUGGAGGAUAUGCCAAUCAGCGGAAAGAAUCUGAAUAAGUGGUUGGCUGAGCUUGACGUUAUAGCAAAGGAAGUUGCAGCUGAAUUAGUUUCUCGAGAGAUAGGAUGUCAUUUCGUAGAAGUUGUGGAGGCUGUAAACAGAGUCCUCUUUGAGUUUAGAGGUUUUAAAAGGUUACCUGUGCUCGUUGAUUCAAAGUAUUCAUAUCUACACUCUGCGUUAAGCUCUGGAUGUGCCAGCGGAAUUUUGCUUAGCGUGAUUUACAUUGAAGUUUGCCAAAGGCUUAAUCUCGUCAUUGUGGGGUCUCGCGUUGGGGAAGAUUUUUUGAUAUGGCCUCAAACCGGGAAUCCCGAGGAGUUAUUCAAAGUAACAUCCGGACACAGCUUGUUUGGGGUGGUCAAUGGAAAGUGUGUUGAUGAUCCUCGAUGUAGGGCUUCGGACAUAACCAGCAACUCACUUUUAGGGCUAGAUAUUGCAACAAAUAGAGAUAUCAUUGGGAUUGCAUUGGCUAAUUUAGUUAGGCUUUACUGGAAACGAGCCUCAAGAAAACAUUAUGGGUUGAUGCUGACUUCUCCGCUUAGGUCCACUUACAAUGAUGGAAAAUUCAACAGCAGCAAUAGUGCAUGCCUUCCUUUGUUAAGGUCCCAGGAGCUAAGGCUUGCGAUAAUGGCUUCAGAGCGGUUUCUAAUCCUUCAGCCACAUGAUUGGACCAUGAGACGCGAUCAUGGCAUGAUGCUAUACUAUAACAGGGAGUACGAGGCUGCAGUCCAAGAGCUCAGCAUCUGUAUGGCCUUUGCACCCGAAGAGGAGGCUGAGGUUCUAGAGCCUUUCGUCGAGAAGUUGCACUUGAUGCGACUGGAAGCAUCAUGGAAAUCCUUCGAACCGAAAGGCACAGUUAACCUUCCCUUGAACUUGAAUUGAAUGAAUUCCUUCAAAUCUAUUAUUGCCUUCUUUAACUGUCAGCUUACAUAUUAUCUCCUCUUACAAGAUCUUAGCCAAAGUGAGUUGUAUAUAUUAUCCAGUCCUUGAAUAUUUAAACCUCAAACAAUCAAUAUACAUACAUAUGAGAUAGAGCAGUUUAACAAUGGCAUAUCUGGUUUUCA